CAUGAGCCCGGAGCCGGACAUGCGCAGAAGAAGACUUGCCGGAGUGCCCGGGAAACUGAAGCGGUUUGUUUACAUCGAGCUGAAGUGAGCUCGAUGUUUGACAUUCACUGGUCUCUGCUGCUGAAAACUCCAGAAGCUCUGUCCGGAGGUGUAAUGCUCGUGUGUUUGUGAACUACCAGGUGUGCACCAUGUUAAUUAGUCCAGAACAGGAGGCUCUGAUUGGCCGAGUGUUUGACGCCUACCUGACAGAGCAUCACCAUGACGACAUUCUCCAGCUCUUCUCAGACGCUGAAGAAGAGACCCGACACUCUGUUGUUGUCAACGCCAUGACGCUGUUUGAAGCCAAUAUGGAGGUCGGGGACUAUUUUAACGCCUACCCCCACGAAGUGCUGGCUAUAUUCAAUAAGGUGCUACACAAGACGGCGCUACAGUUAUCAGAGAAGGCGUCCCUGAAGCAGAGACUGAGACACGCUCCUCAUGCCCGCAUCACAGGUCUGCCGGUGUGUCCAGAGCUGACCAGAGACACCAUUCCCCGAUCCAGAGAUGUCGGACACUUCCUAUCUGUCACCGGCACGGUCAUACGUGCCAGCGUUGCCAAGGUGCUGGAAUAUGAGCGGGACUACAUGUGCAACAAGUGCCGCCAUGUGUUCACGGUCCAGGCUGACUUUGAUCAGCACUACAAUUUCGUCCCUCCUGUGUCCUGUCCGAACCCUGAUGCCUGUAACUCCUUUAAAUUCACCUGUCUGUCUGACGGAUCUGAGCUCAGUGUCUGCAGAGACUACCAGGAGAUCAAGAUUCAAGAGCAGGUGCAGAGGCUGUCAGUGGGCAGUAUUCCUCGGUCCAUGGUGGUGGUUCUGGAGGAUGAUCUAGUCGACAUUUGUAAAUCCGGAGAUGAUGUGACGGUGUACGGCGUGAUGUGUCAGCGCUGGAAGCCAUUCUAUGACGGCUCUCGCUGCGAGGUGGAGCUGGUGCUCAAAGCCAACAACAUAGAGGUGAACAACCAGCAGGCGGCUGCCGCCCUGCUCAUGAAGGACGUUCAGAGAGAGUUUGAGGAGUUCUGGGAAAGCUACAAACAUGAUCCCUUCGCUGGUAGGAAUCAGAUCUUGUUGAGUCUGUGUCCUCAGGUGUUUGGCAUGUAUGUGGUCAAACUGGCGGUUGCAAUGGUGUUGGCUGGAGGAGUGCAGAGAAUAGAUUCUUCUGGGACCAAAACCAGAGGGGAGUGUCACAUGUUGCUGGUUGGUGACCCGGGCACAGGGAAGUCCCAGUUCCUGAAGUAUUCAGCCAAGAUCAUGCCUCGCUCCGUCCUCACAGCUGGAAUCGGAUCAACAAGUGCAGGGCUCACUGUAGCAGCGGUGAGAGACGGAGGUGAGUGGCACCUGGAGGCAGGCGCUCUGGUUCUGUCAGACGGGGGUUUGUGCUGCAUCGAUGAGUUCAACAGCAUCAAGGAACACGACCGUAUCAGCAUCCAUGAAGCCAUGGAGCAGCAGUCUAUCAGUGUUGCCAAAGCUGGUAUGGUGUGUAAGCUGAACACUCGCACCACCAUCCUGGCAGCCGCCAACCCCAAAGGCCAGUACGACCCUAACGAGCCACUGUCUGUGAACGUCGCCCUGGCCAGCCCUCUGCUCAGUCGUUUUGACCUGGUCCUCGUCCUGCUGGACACAAAGAACUCAGAGUGGGACCGCGUCAUCUCCUCCUUUAUUCUGGAGGACAAAGGACUCCCUGCAGAGUCUUCCGGCCUGUGGUCCAUGGAGAAGAUGAAGGCAUAUUUCAUGGUGAUAAAACGACUUCAGCCGCAGCUGUCUGAGGACGCCAACAGCAUCCUGACACGCUACUACCAGCUGCAGAGACAGAGCGAUGGCCGCAACGCUGCCAGAACCACCAUCCGCAUGCUGGAGAGUCUGAGCAGACUUGCUGAAGCUCAUGCCAGGCUCAUGUGCAGAGAGACGGUGACCAUAGAGGAUGCUGUCAUGGCUGUCUCUGUGAUGGAGUGCUCCAUGCAGGGCGGAGCUCUGCUGGGAAACGUGAACGCUUUGCUCACCUCGUUCCCCGCUGAGCCCUGUGAGCAGUAUCAGGUUCAGUGUCAGACUCUGCUGCAGGGGCUCAACCUCCCUCAGCUGCUGCAGAAAGAGACCAGCAGACUGGCCAGGCUGAAGAACGACGCCUCACAAGGGUCUCCACCUGCUGAUGAUCAGCGGCCUCACAGCAAAGACGCAAGCUCCGCCCACAACACACACCGCUAUAACAUCACCAGAAAGGAUGAUGUCACAGUGGAAGGAGGCCUGGAUUGGUUCAACUCCAUCAACCAAUCAGUGUCACCCGAUGACAUGGCCCCACCCAUCAUCACAUCCACUCAGGUCAACCUGGACUCAGACAUUUCCACUGUCAGAAAAGAGCCAAUGAGUCCCACUGAGAAGGAUGAGGUCAGUAACAGUGGGUCAGCAUUAAACUGUGAUGGUGUUUUACAUAACGUUACGUCUGCUUCAGAAGAAGAACACAUAACGAGCAAAAACAUUAAAGAAGGUAGAGCUACUGCCCAGGAGAAGAGGACAGAUAAUCCAGAGUCCUCCAGGUUCGUGUUCCAGAAAGUCUCAAAGAAGCUGAGGUAUCGGAGACUGGAGGAGCUAAGUCAUCCUCACCAAGAGCUGGACACAGAGGGAGGAGGAGGAGGAGGAGGAGGAGGAGGAGAGAAGGCGGAGUCUGCAGCGCAACAUGUAACUAACUCAACCUCAGAAUCUCAUAGGACCACCUCACUAUCAUCAGGUUUUUCUGGCCCCGCAAGGACCCCUCUUGAAGAUCACCUGAGCACCGGCGCUGGUCCUGAGAAGGAAGAGGGGAGGGACAAGAACAGGAAGAAGACCAUCAGUGCAGCGCUCGGGAAGAAGAAGGCAGCUGAGGAAGAAUCAGGAGAAGAACUACGCUCCAAAUUUUCACAUUUUACAUUUAAACCAAGGAAGAUGAGGCCUGCAGCAUGCAGCGACGACCUGAGCGACAGAGUGGGAGCUCUGGAUGAAAGAAAGGAAGAAAGAGGAGAUGAAGUGAAACCAGCUGAAGGUGAAGACAAACAGGAAAGCUUCGAGUGGGAGGAGAGUUUCUGUUCCAAAGAGCUGGAUGAAGAGGAGUUGGUUCGGGGAAAGACUGCAGAUAGAACAAAGGGCCGUGCUGACAUAAAGUCCACCGUGGCCUCUUCAACGCUCGCUAAACUCUCCAGAUUCUCCUUCAGCAGCUCGAAUGAACACGCAGAGUUAGCUCAGACUGAAAAGGUCACAAAUCAAGAAAAUUCCUCUGCAGUGAAUAAAACCAAACCUGUGACCGUCAUAGACAAAAUCAAAGGUCUGUUGAACCCAGGACAGAAACCAGAGUCACCAAAUGAGAGCACGUCUGGGUUUCAGACGCCGAAGGACAGUCCUGGAGACUUUCAGAGCUCGGUCUGUGGGAGAAAGAGGAAGUGUUUCGAGCUGGGUCGUGCUCAGAGGAGUUCUAGUGCGUUCUCUCUGUUCAGCUCUGUGGAUUUGAGUAAUGAUGUCCUUGACACAGACUGGGACCAGGAGGUUUCAAAGAGAGCUAAAAUUUGAAAUCAUCUGCGGUGGGUCAAGAAAAUCAUGUUCCAAUGAAAUGUGUGAUUUAGUUUGUUUCUGUGGCCUUCAAAUAAACAGAUAUCUCUGGGUCGCC